UAAUGGACCUGAGAACAUUAAUCUCACUCUUCAGAGAGCAGUUAUUAUCUAUCUUUAAUUUAAAACUCCUAAAACAUGGAAAAGCUGCUAUUCUGUUGUCUGCUUUCUAUUUGCUCUAUCAGCUUAGGAAGGAUGUCACCUAUAGUGUUCGAGGAGCUUUUUAAAACUGUAGGACACUUGAAUGAAAUAGCAAAAAUGGAUACUAACAAGCUACAUUCACCACAAGGAGCUUUUCAGGACUGCCUGCUCUCUGUUUUCAAGUGCUUUGUCAAUCAAUCCUCAUUACUAGAACCAGUGGACCAUAAAAACGAAAACGAUUUCAACAACAUGCUUCUCCGCCUCAAGUCUUCUCAUAGAUAUACUAAUCUCACUGACACAAAUCUGAACUGUCAAUCUUGCAACAGUUACGAUCUGCAACCGCCAAAAAUUUUUUUGAGGAACUUUCAGUUACUGCUACAACGGUUGAAUUACUUGCAGAAUAUGAAGCCUACAAUCACCCAGCCUCUAUAAUAUGUCAAACAACUAUACAACUGUAGAUAUUCUUCACUAAUCAAGUUUUUGGUAGGAGAUGUACUCUGAAAUAACUCUAUGGCUGAAAUCUAGUAUUAAGUCUUAAGUAGUGUAGGCUGUUGAAUCACUGGAACUUACUAAAUUCCCACUGAUUGAAUGGACCUACUCUAGUUGCAAAUUGUGACUGGAUUUCAGGUAGUAUGUUAUAUAUACACUUGGAUUUAAAAGAAUAUCAGUAUAAUUUAUUUAUUCAUAUUGAAAGAAAAAGUAUUUUUAAAACCCAUGCUAAAACUCACAUAUUUUAAUUACCUUCUGAAUUCUUAUAGCUAUUUCCAUAGGUAUUUUAAUCGUUUUAAUAACUGAGUAAUUCUCUUAAGAUGUAACAAAUCUUUUAAAAAAAGUUUCUGCUUCAAUACUGUGAGUAAUAAGCUAAUUCCAGGGCUAUCCACUAUCAUAAACAACUGCCUCUUGUACAUUGGGUUGGAACUGGACUAUUAGGUAUAUCAUGUUUUUAUAGAAAAAUUUAGUCACAUGAUUUAUAGAAUAUACUGCUUCUAAAGUAAGAGGAGCAAAGAAAAUUAUAAACUUACUCUUGACCUGUACUUCCAAACCACCUAGUAAUCUACACCUAGUUUAACUCCCAAUAGAGCAAACCCAUUGACUCAGUGGAACUUACCCAAGUACAGUGGUGCCUCACUUUACGAUCACUCCGUUUAACAACGAAACCGCA